ACCCUCCAACCUCCAACUCCAACUCCGACUAAUUUGACGUAAGCACCUCUCUUUGAAACCAAUAAAGCCAAGCUCCACUUCCACUCCAUCUUCCACUCCCACUCCACAUUUGUCUUCUAUCUUUUGCUUCCCCAGUUCAGUUUCUGGGCUCUGCAACUAAAAAUUAUGGCCAUGACGAAUCAAGCAUCCGUUUUCUUCAUCAUAGCACUUCUAUUUUCCCUUUCUGUUCUUCAUUCUACUUCUUCUCGCAGCUUCCAACCUGAGGCUUCUGAAUUCUCCACCACUGUUCUUGAUGUAUCAGCCUCGCUUGACCAAGCCCAGAAGCUCCUUAGCUUCAACCCUGAUAUUCUUGAAUCUGAUAACCUGCAAGAUGAAGAAACUAAGAGCACUUCUAGUUCUUCUUCAUUCUCCGUUCGAUUACACUCUAGAGAAACUUUACUCAAUUCCCAGCACAAGGAUUACAAGGACCUGGUCCUGACCCGACUCGAGCGGGAUUCGGCCCGAGUGAAUUCGUUGAACGCCAAGCUCCAGCUAGCUCUCAACCAAGUCAAAAGGUCGGAUCUUCACCCGAUUGAAGUGGAGCUCCAGCCUGAAGAUCUCUCAACGCCUGUUUCUUCAGGCAUCAGUCAAGGAAGCGGCGAGUACUUUUCCAGAAUCGGGGUGGGACAACCAUCCAAGCCUUUCUACAUGGCCCUUGACACCGGAAGCGAUGUCACCUGGCUUCAGUGCCAGCCUUGUAAUGAUUGUUACCAACAAUCCGACCCGAUAUUCGAGCCCUCCGGAUCUUCUUCUUACAGCUCGCUUUCUUGCAACGCCCCACAGUGCCAGGCUUUGGCUAUCUCGGCUUGUCGGAGCGGCAAGUGUCUGUACCAGGUGUCGUACGGUGAUGGGUCCUUCACCGUCGGUGAGUUCGUCACUGAAACGGUUUCCUUUGGGAACUCCGGCUCUCUUAAUCGCAUCGCUCUCGGGUGUGGCCACGACAACGAAGGUUUGUUUGUUGGUGCCGCCGGUUUACUUGGACUCGGCGGCGGGCCACUGUCACUCACAUCUCAGAUUAAAGCGUCGUCAUUUUCGUACUGCCUGGUCGAUCGCGACUCGAGUAAAUCGUCGACUCUGGAGUUCAACUCGGCCACCCCGAGUGACUCGGUCACUGCCUCGUUAUUAAAGAACAGCAAGGUGGACACUUUCUACUACGUCGGACUCACCGGAAUCAGCGUCGGAGGCCGAACGAUCUCCUUGCCACCGUCAACCUUUGCUAUGGACCAAUCUGGAAGAGGUGGAGUCAUCAUAGACUCAGGAACAGCCAUUACACGGUUUCAAAGCGAAGCGUAUAACGCAGUCCGUGACGAGUUUCGGAGAUUAACUCAGAACCUGCGCUCCACUGGUGGGUUUGCUCUGUUCGACACCUGCUACGAUUUGUCUUCACUGAGGAGCGUGUCGGUGCCGACGGUGGCGUUUCACUUCAGCGGCGGGAAAUCUUGGCAGCUGCCAGCAAAGAACUACCUGAUCCCGGUGGAUUCGGCCGGGACGUUCUGCUUCGCAUUUGCUCCGUCGUCGCAGUCAUUAUCGAUAAUAGGAAAUGUGCAGCAACAGGGGACACGUGUCAGCUUUGAUCUGGCAAACUCAAUAAUGGCAUUCUCGCCCAACAAAUGUUAGAUGCGAAAUCCCGUACUUACCCUUCCCGCCAUAAGAAGAUUGGAUUACUGUCUCAUCCGCAGCAUAAGUGUGUACUGUAGAUUGAAUGUAGUUGGGUGGUGUGUGGAUGCCCAAAUGGGCCCACUGUAUUUAAGUUGAGUGGAACAUUUGGGGCCGGGUUGGGGCGACUCGUGAUAAUAAAAUUAUCAUAAAUUGUAAUUGUAAUUUUGGAAAAUGAUUUGUAAUGUUUUUUUUUUUGGCCAGAAAAAUGGUUUGCAGUGUAUAACUCAGACUUGACAGAAGAUAUAUUAAUGGCUUAGUUGCAGGAGUGCUGGCAGCCUGGCACACUUCAGGCCCAAAAACAUUGAGAAGGUGAGAUGUGAUAUACUGCAAGGUACAAUAAUACAUGCUUGACCAUUAGUAAUGAAUUAUACAUAUGUUUGCAUCUAA